AUGAACGAUUCACUAACCGAAGCUUUAAGCUUCAGACCAACGGCAGCGAAUAAGACCAAUGACGACAAAGGUAAAUUCGCUGAUCUGGUUUUUGAAUUAGUCUUUCUAGAUCUGUUAACGCUUCAACGAGCAAUCCACCUAGCCUUGAGACGUCGGCUACUCGAAAGGCAGAAACAGUCUGUACUCAGAAGGGCCGAGUUGGAGGAGCUGGAAGAGCAAAGGACCAGGUUGCUCAAGCGCAUUGAAUGCGGUGUCUUCAUUGCUUUCUGCAUUUUCUACAUCGCUGUGCACCUGGGCUUCAUCUGCUGGGUCUACUUUGGUGUAAGUGAAGCAUUCAGCAUGCACUAUUGUCUGUAG